AGCCGGCUAUCAUCUUUCACUUAAAAGAGCCGGCUCAAAGAAACCGGCUCGUUCGUGACCUACACAUCACUAUUCCGCGCGUCCUCUCUGAGUCUCUCUCUACAGCAGCUGUUAGAAUGCUACCGGAGGACGGCGGCUACAGUGUGUAGGAGGAGUCAGCGGCGUGUUUCCGCUAGCAGCAGGCCGAGAGAGGUAACACGGUAAUCUACGAGCUCUACCGAGAAUUACAGCAUAUCGGCGGACCAGUCGGCAGCUAUUGCGGGACACUGUGAUAGAGUACAAGUUGUUUAACCACCGGGGAGCUGCGGUUGUCCAUAUCUGGGAGAAGAAGAAGAAGAAAAAGACAUAGAAGAAGGAGUGGCAGCUGGACUGUCAGCAAUGGAAGCCGAGUUUCGGGAAAUCGAUGAAAACGGGAGUUGGAGCGCCAUUUAUCAGGAAAUUCGCCAGCAGUCAUGUGAACUCCCUUGCAAGGUUGCCAAAUUACCUGAAAACAAGAAUCGGAAUCGUUACAGAGAUGUUAGCCCAUUUGACCACAGCAGAAUAUGUCUGCAGCUGGGUACGAAUGACUACAUUAAUGCCAGCCUAAUAACAGUAGAAGAGGCGCAGAGGAACUAUAUCCUCACUCAGGGACCCCUUCCAAAUACAUGUGGGAACUUCUGGGAGAUGGUGUGGGAGCAGAGGACCCACGGUGUAGUGAUGCUGAACCGAGUCAUAGAGAAAGGAUCUAUUAAAUGUGCCCAAUAUUGGCCACACAGAGAGGAGAGAGAUGCCAUCUUUGAAGAUACCAAUUUCAAGCUCACCCUCGUCUCGGAAGACAUCAAAUCUUACUACACAGUCCGUCAGCUGGAAUUGGAAAAUCUGUCUACUCAAGAGACUCGUGAGAUUUUACAUUUUCACUACACCACCUGGCCUGACUUUGGGGUACCAGAGUCUCCGGCCUCCUUCCUUAACUUCCUGAUCAAGGUGCGGGAGUCAGGUUGUCUGAAUUCGGACCAGGGACCGGUGGUGGUGCACUGCAGCGCCGGCAUCGGACGCUCUGGGACCUUUUGUCUCGUGGACACCUGCCUCUUACUGAUGUCCAUCCGUAAGGACCCGUCUUCAGUGCGUAUUCGUGACGUGCUGAUGGAGAUGCGACGCUACCGCAUGGGCUUGAUUCAGACAGCAGAUCAACUUAGAUUCUCCUACCUUGCUGUCAUUGAAGGUGCCAAGUACAUCAAGGGGGAUACAUCACUGCAGGAGUCCUGGAAAGAGCUCUCAAACGAGGAAGAUGAUCCUCCAGAGUUCACCCCUCCACCUCCUCUUCCUCCUCCCAGAGACCCACACAACGGCAGGGUUGAGCCAACCUUUUUCCCCGAAAAUGAUGAGAUCAUCCCACAGAUGAACAUCCGCAGUCUGGGGUCCUCACAAGAGCUGCGAAAGAGGAACACCGCUGCCCCCCCGCCUCCUCCUGACGGUGCUGAGCCUCUCGAUGGCCACGUGGGAUUCGAAGAUCAUACCUCCAAAGCUCCAACGAAAUCCCAGCAGCAGGAGACGGAGGAGCAGGAGUCGCUUGAGGGAGCGGCGCAGCCGAAGGAAAGCUCUCCUGUGUCGGGGACUUGGUCCCCUCUACUAGCCAAUGUGUGCCUGUGCACGGCGCUGGCUCUCGGUGCUUAUGUCUGUUAUCGAGCCUGUUUCCACUGAUGUCUGUCCUUCCUCCUCCUUUUUUGUUCCUUCUUGUCUCUCCACUGAUGUUGCAAAGUGGACUAGGCUGGCCAAUCAGCCUGCUUUGACUUUGGGUUUACUCUGCGAGCAAGUGGAUUAUUUGGACUUCAGCAGAUUCAGGUUCACUCAUUUAUUUCACAAAUGCAGUGCGAACGGGUUGGCCGGUUGGGAAUAGCAGGCUGCCAGUCCUCAUUACCCACCCAAACGUUCUUUCAAUAUGUCAUCAUGGAUGCUCAGGGCCUCUGUUUUUCCGGUGUCACAUCCCAAAUGCGUGUGCCGACUUAAACACAGACUCAACAGACGUAUAAUACGUGUCUGUUGAGGAGAAGGGUUUUGCUUUAGCUCCCCUGUUUUGUGAACCAGGAUGAAUGGCCUGUCAGCCCAUUUUACACGUGUCUCCUCUCUUAUUUACCAAAUGACACUUGUAUGUGUUCUUCCAUUUCAUCCUGAGGUGUCCGUUUUGGAUUUCACAUUUUUUUUCCCCACCUCAUCUUUCUUUUGCUUUCACAAAUGACCAGAAAAUCAUAGAGCCAGAUUUUUGACCAGCCUGUCUGAAAAUAUGCCAGUAAGCGAGACACUUUUUAACAUGUCCGUUCUUUUGUUGUGGGUUAAUAUUAAACCCAGCAGUAAGGUGAAGUAUGUGAAAGUAAGAGGGAAGCAACCAUGUCCCUACUAGAUAAGAGAUGCAUGCUGGGGUGGGCAUUGAAUUAUCUGUCCUCACUGGGGGCCUGUGUAGGUCUGCAGGGGGCAUGCUAGUUGAGUACAUACAGACAGUAUGUGUGUGUUUUUGUGUAUUUGUACGUUUGCGCGAGUGGUAGUUAGUGGAGCUUUCUACUGAUGCUUGAGUUAAAUCUACUCAGUGAGAAAUAUUAAUAUAACAUUUACAGUACGUCAAAUGUGAGAUGUAGACUGAGUUGCCUCCUGGUAAUUGAUUCCCUCUGCGUUUUCACUCCCUGGUGGCUCAACAGUGAAACAGAAAAAAACAAAAUGGUUCAGGGACAGGGUGCCAUGUCUCAUUCUCCAUUUCCCUGGCAUUCUCAAAUUGACAUUGGAACAAUCUUGAGAUUGUUUUAAUAAGGUUAUAACACCUGGCUUUUGCUUUAACUGUUUUGGAGAACAUCUUUUCAGUCACAGUGGGUACAAAUGUGUGGAGGCUUUUCAUGCCAAGAGAAUGCAACUGUUAUAUUAGUAGUUAUAUUAGUUAGUAUAGUAUUGUGUGUUCAGUAACACACAAGAAUGCCAGCUUUUUGAGACACAAAGUAGCUAACACCCAACUCUUUUAUCCAGCAAUACAAAUACUGAAUAAUGUGUCACCCUUUACUUUAUCAGACUCUUGAGUUUGAACAGGGAACCAGGGAUUUUGAACAAACCAAAAAUCAAACACCAGCACAGGGAAUAAAAACAAUACACUGUAGUGAUGAUCCGUUGUAUCAUGGCGUGGCCCUGAGCUGGCAAUAUUGUUUUGUAUGAUUUUUUUUUUUUUAGCAUGCUGCAUUUGUGAAUCAACAGGUUUGUCCUAAGAAGAGAUUAGUUAAGCUGCUAGCAUUCAGUUUACCUUUGUGACUCGACAAAGUUCAGUACACAAGUCCGACAGCUGUACUUUUCUUUAGAAUGUAUAAACGUCCUCGACAAGGACACACCCUUAUUAGAUAUAUAUAUUUUUUUCAAAUCAGGUUUCAGUGUGCUGAGUUAUUUUUUUUUUUUGUUCAGCUUUAGCAAGGAAUUAAAUCUCAGCACCUGUGCAGCCAUCGCACCAGGUUCUCCUGUUUUUCUAUACUUAUGCUGAGCUCAAAAACAUGUAUUUUUUUAUUUACAUUUGUUGUUUUCCUUUUUAAAUAAAAAAAAACAAAGUCUACUGUU